AUGAGUGGAAGAAGCAUCAGAUGGAAAACAGGCACCACAAGAAAUAGAAAUCCUAAGGACACAACAGGAGAAGGACGAAACGAAGAAUACGAAGAGCAGCUAGUGAAGGCAAGAAGGAAUGGGCGGCUGUAUUGGGGGAAAACAGCUACGAAGAGAGAAAGGUUACAGAAAAGGGAAUACAACAAGAACGAAAGUCUUGACGAAGUCAGCCAUCAUGGAAGGCAUAUAAGAAAGAUAGAAGACGCAUUGGAUAUAAUAGAAGAGAACAAAGACAAGAUAAAAAGCACCGUGGAACACGCCAGGGACCUGGCACGGAAUAAGAGCAGAGAAUCAAUGAAGAAAAGACAAAUGGCACUGAAAACUAUGCAUUUGGCCAUGAAUUCAGGAAAUUCGAAAGAGCGUCAUAUAAGCCGGAUAUUUGCGAAUAACCACCUAGAUGAAGCACUCCGGGCCGAAAGAAUAAUUGGGAUUGCUGCGCAGUUGAGUGAAGAUAUGGUAAAUCUGUAUGGUGCAGUCAGGAAAACCAAGCGAGCUACAGACAUCGCCGCCCAACAGAAAAGCAAAUUGCUGAAUUAUCAAAAGUGCAUGAGCUGCAAAAGAAUGACGAAAAGGAAGAAACCAAGAAAAAACGAACACGAUAUAGAUGGCAAGAUGAAAACCAUAUCCAAUCAAAAAGCAAAUGAACUGAAUCCACAGAGGAACUCCGUAGUGGAGAUAUAUAAUAACAAGAAGGAGCAGGAAUUGCAGGAAGAUAUAAAGAAUACGAUAAUACUCCUACACAAAGAAGCCGAAGAAACAGGUGCCAUUGCAGCAUAUCUAUUAGCAGAGAAAGCUGCUAUAGAGGGACAGAUGAUACUGGAACAGAUAAAGGAAGCACAGAAGGUGGCCUUACAGGACAUGAAUGACACGAUCAAAGAACAGCAGAAAAAGCAAUACAUGGAGGAAGCCUUGCCAGAGGCACAAGAAAAUGAGGAAUUCGCUGACGAGGCAAGGAAGGAAGCAGAGAGUGCUUUAGUGGCUACAACAUUAGAGAAGAAGAGAGAAGGACAUAAUAUGACGAAGUACAUGAGUGACCAGGCUAUAGAGGGAAGGAACAGAGUAGAAUAUAAAUUAUUACAGAUAAGGCAGCAGGAUUUUUUAGAGAAGACACCAGUAUCGUGGGAAAACAAAGAAGUGAUAAAGGACGUCCAUGAAUCAGUGCUUCCAGAGGACGACCACGACGAAGCAGAAUGGUAUGGAGGAUGGUGGGAAGAAGACAAAGACAAUCUGGAAAAUGAUAUAGACGAAAUAGUCAAGGAGGAAUCCCCAGAAGUAGACGGACACAUAACAGAGGACUACAUAGGAAAAAUACAGGGACCCCAAGUUGUACAGGAGGUGGGGAUGAAAACUCCAGACGCAGGAAGCCAAGUAGAAGAGCGGAAUGAUGAGCAACAGGAGGAGGAGGCUCGAGCAGAUGAAAUACUAGAAGGGUCGACAACAGGAGGAUAUCCCAAAGAGAAAGAUUCACCCGAGGGGGAACAGGAAGCAGGUAAUGGAACUGUGUUACCUUACAUCCCUUAUGUGCCGAGUCGAGAUGGGGUGAUAGAAUAG